GAUCCAACUCCCCUCCCCGCCGCGGUUGCCAUGGCGGCCACGCUCCUCCGCCGGGCGCUCCAACUCCGGCGCGCCCUCCCCUCCCCUUCCUCCCGCUCUCUCCUCCCCGCCGCCUCCAGUCGCCUCCUCUCCACCACCAACCCCACCCAGCAGAACACCACCGCCAUCCCCAUCGACCUCUCCUCCGACGAGAGCCGCCGCCGCCUCGUCAACAGUUUGAUGUACAGGAGCAAGCAGAGGGGCUUCCUGGAGCUGGACCUGGUGCUCGGCACCUGGGUAGAGCAGCACAUCCGCUCCAUGGACGAGGCCAACAUCCGAUCCCUGCUCCAAGUCCUCGACCUCGAGAACCCAGAUUUGUGGAAAUGGCUUACUGGUCAAGAGCAACCGCCAGAGGCUCUCAAUUCUAAUCCUGUAUUUGUUGCUAUCAAGUCGAAGGUCCUGGAUAACCUGAGCAAGCACUCUUCCCCAGAGACCCGAUCAGCACCUGGUCAACCAUGGGUGAGAGGGUGGGAUGACAAGAGAGGUCUGGAUGGACCUAAGUAUGGAAACCAGUGAUGAGGUGCUUGGAAUAAACUAUGUUUAAGUAAGAUCGUUCUGUUGUCGUCCUUCUGUACGAUGCUUGUGUAAAUAAGGCAAAUCAUGGCUAGAUGCACCAUCCUUGAACGUUGAACGAUUCAGGGAAUUGGGUUUUUA